AUCGGGAGCUCAGAUCUGAGCACUUACCUGCCGCAACGCCUCCUGCCUCUCUCCUGGCGGCGCCGCCCCUCACGCACUCAACUGCUUCACACACACACACCCGUCGCGGGCGUGGGAGAGAGGGGGGAGGAAUCUGAUGGGAUGGGGGAGAAGAGCACCAUGCAUGUGGGAAAACUCUCUGCAGAAAGAGAGAGGGAGGCAGCUUUCUUCGGCUCGAUGCACGCCGCCGGCCCAGAUCAGAUCUGUGAGGCCCCCGUACGCUCGUUCACCGGAUCAGCGGCCUCCCCGGCCCCGCCGUUCCGUUUCUCUUCCAUGGUCCGUAAGGCUGCUGCUGCUGGGCUAGGCAGCGUACUGGCUGUUGAAGCUAUACAAGGGAGAUUUGACUGACUGAUUGAUUGGUUGCUAGUAUGUACGAGCACAGAGCCGAUGGACGCACGUUCCAAUUCAUAGACGCUGUAAAAGAAGGUUGGACAUUCAGUUCUUGGUUUGUUUGGUGGGCUCACAUUAGUUCUCGAUGGGGGAGGCCCUGUAUCGGCAUAAGCUUGGUAUUGAUGCUAAGUUCAUGUGAGCUUCAUAUUUGGCCCGGAGCAAAUGCAAAGGAAACAAAUGCCCUUAGUGCUGCACAACUGAAGAAAAAGGAAGUUCAGUAAAAAAAAUCUAAGAGACAGAGAACUUGGUUAUAUAAGUUAUGUAAGGUGAAGCGCAAACCAACUAAAUCUGCUGUACCGGCAAAGAAGAAAGGAAAGAAAAAAAAAAGGUGGUGUAGAGCCUUAAGCAGAAGUGGAACAUAAUGGUGAGAACAAAGGAGAAGUUGAGUACUCUGUCAUUGACUUUACUCAGCUCAUAACAGAUCCAACUUUAGUAUUUUGUGGACAGGGCUUCAAGACCUGUUCUAGCUUCUAUUUCCUAGUUAGAUAGUAUUGUGGACAGGGCUAACUAUAAUAUUUUGUGGGCUAAGUAUAGUAUUUUGUGGCCUAACUAUAGUAUUUUGUGGAGUAUCUCACAAUGCCAAUCAAGUGAACUUAUCUGAAUGUCAGAUUGUAGGAGCAGCAACACUUGUAAGCAGUUGCUGGAAACUUUGUAAGCAAUUGAUUGAGCUCUGUCUCAAUUGAUUAGCUGCUGCACUUGAUUAGUUGCUGGAUUAGCUGAUUUAUAAAUGUAUUUGAACCUCUAUGUUUUAUUAUGCUUUGAAAAUGCAAUGGAACAGCCAAGUCCGAUGUACCUGUGUCUCCUGUCGUUUGCUGCUUGCUGUUUAGGACAGAGAAACAGCCAAGUCUGGUGUGUGCAGGGCUGCAUAUUUGAACCGUUGGAUCUGAUUUGAAGGGCUAGAUGCUGAAGCAUGAAACCCUAGGGUCCCCCAGCCAACCUCUCCCCCGCAAUCAGCCAUUGCCUACCCCGAUGCAGGCCUUGGCGCGCGCCUCCUCCUCGGCCACCUUCAAGAGGGUGGUUGCGGGAUUCUCGGGCACGGUCACGCGGUCGUACCGCACGUGCAGGGGGAAGCCACAUGUGGCGCCGCUGUCCACGCUGGAGCCGCCACCCAAGGGGCCGAAAAGAGUUGCAAAGCAGGAGAGGAGGAUUAUGAUAGUGGAAUUUGUUCAAAAGUACAGGGCAUCAAAUGAAGGCAAGUUUCCCUCUAUAACAUAUGUUCGUCAGCAACUUGGAGGCUCCCACUACACAGUGCGGGAGAUAAUUCAGGAAUUGGAGUGUAAUCAGAGAAAAUUAUCACUGGAUCAUGAUAAGGCAGCUCCCCUUCAAGGAACAGAUGAAUUUUCUGAUCACUCGGGGCUUAACGAUGAAUCAGGAACAGCUGAAUUUGCUGAGCACCCACCUAAGGAUGACAAUGGAAAGAAUCCAUACAGCUGUGACACCGUCAAAAGUAUUCAGGAUGUAGAUGAUGUGCUAAUCUCCCAGGAGCAUGCUACUACCUGCACUGCAAACAUGGAAAAGCAGGAUUCAAAUUCUUCAGGUUGGGGGCUUCUGUUUCCUCACAAUCGAGGGAUUUAUCACUCUUUGUUCUCCAGGAAGCUGAGCCAUAUACCUGAACAGAACUCAUCAUGCCCCAUUGUAAUUGGUAACUCUAAGCUUUUAUCGGAUAAAAUAGAAGCUGAGCGGUUACAGACUGAAAAAACCCUGAGUAAGGAUCUUCUGAAGCAGAAGUACAAAAAGAAUUUCAGACCUCAACUUGUUUCAAAGUGUCUGAUACUUCCUGAGAACCUGCGUGGCAAGUCUAUGGAAUUCCUACAUCACCAGUAUCAUUUGGUAAACAGGAUAACUCCACAGUACCUCAGUGCUUAUGAGUUGAUGAUACAGAGAGAAAGAAUAGUUGAUGAGGAGGAGUGGAAUUUCUUAUGGAACCACAUACUGAGCAAUAGAACAUUUAUUGUUGAGGAUUGGGAUUCCAACAUCUGCAACAUUGAAACAUUGCACUAUGAUUUUGGCAUGAAAGGGUUUUGCAAAGGUGAAAUUGAUGCGUCUUAUCAUGAUGGGAAAAAUGGAGAAGAUGGUAAAGCAACUAUCUCGUUAAUUAUAUGGAGGGAAGAUAAGAUUAUAUGUUCAGAAGUGUAUAGGGAUAUAAAGUGCCCCUCAAUACAUGCUGCAGAAGCCUAUGCAGCAUUGGCAUUGUUCUUCAGAUGUUUCGACAAAGGUAUAGAUAGCCUGCUGCUCUGGACAGACAACCAAGAUAUUCAUGGUGCUAUUAAUGGAUCAUUUACUGUAAAACAUACCAGCAAGAUCCAGCAUUUACUUUUGCUUCUUGGUUGUAUUAGCAAGAGAUUUAAGAAGCUGAGAUCAAUGUUCAAGCCUCGAGAAUUAAUGUUCUUAGCUAACGAGCUUGCACAAGAUACUAUCAGUAUUCCUGAGUCUGUUGAUAUGGAGAAAGAGCUGAAGAAAUGGACCUAUCAACUCAGUGGCAAGGCUGUUUUCAGGCUAUCUUUAGCAGGACCUGCAAACCAAAUAAUCAAAAAAUUUGAAAUCAAAGACUACAAGAGUAAGGAGCAGACUGUGUGUUUCAUGGAGGUUGAUCACCUCUGUAAGUUGGAGGCUAUUGCACAGAUAAAAGAGACUCUACGUCCAAGCAACAUCCACCUUGCCGUGGAUAGAUUUGAUGAGAAGCCUGUUGAUUUCCAAAUCAGGGUAAAAGAAAUGGCUGGCGCCAAUCUUCAAUUUGCAGUGAAGGAUGGUUGCACUAUCUUUAAUUGUACCACUAAAUAUACUGGUGGUAAAGGACUACUCAUUGUUGUUGAUGCUACCAUGCCCAAGCAAAGCUAUGGUAACUACCUAGAUUGCUUUACAAUUAUCCUUGUCUGUCCUGGGGAGCGGCCAUCACUGGAUCAAUCAAUUAAAGAACUUAGUGCUCUGAGUUAUGUUUAUUUCAAUGGUGUCAGAUCUGGACAAAAAGAUGAGGAGCGCAAGCUGAAGCUAAAGCAGGGCUCAAAUAGGAAAUAACUGGUCAUCAAGUUGGAUAACAACAUUGGAUGAUGGUCCACAGCCGUUCUUCUAAUGUUGCCUCAGGUCAAGUCGGAUAGCAACACUGAAUGAUUACCCACAGCCAGUUCCUUUUUUUUUUUUGACUUUCCACAGCCAGUUCUUCAAAUACUCAUUGCACUCUGUAACCCCACAUGAGUGAUCAGACAAUGUUCCUUUGUCUGCUUUGCCGAGACUUCGUGCCCUUGGUUUGACAGCACUAUUCUGGCUAGUGGCUAUGGCGCUAUAUUUGGUUAGGCUCUGGUAAUAGUAGCUUCUGUUUGACAGCACUACUCAGUUGUAACAUACAAAAUUUUGGGAGCAGUACUUUGCACUGGUAAGAGCUCCUUGAAGCAGACUGGUGCUCUUUAA